AUGGAAUUAGCUGUAUCUCACGAGGAUUCUCAGAUCUUACUAAAAGAUAAGAACGUCUUACAAGAUUCUGUCGUGGACAAAUAUAGAACUGCGGGUCAAAUUACCCAAACAGCUUUGAAGUAUAUUACCGGUUUAAUUAAUGACAUAUACCAUUAUAGAACUAUUGAAAACCCACUAACCAUUUCUGAAUUAUGUCUCUUGACCGAUUCAUUUAUUGUUACUAGAUUAGAACAAUAUUACAAGAACAAAGUCAACGAAAGAGGUAUCGCUAUCCCAACAUCUAUUGAUGUUGACCAACUGGCUGGUGGUUGGAGUCCAGAAAUUGAUGAUAUCAAGAAUCUAAAGAAUUGGAAUAAAGAAACAACCUCUGUUGAAGAUCCAUUGAACAGUACUGUUACUGGUAUUCUAAAAGCAGGUGAUGUAGUUAAGAUUACUUUAGGUGUUCAUAUCGAUGGUUACACUUCUGAAGUUUCUCAUAGUAUGGUGAUAUAUCCAACUAGUACCAACGAAGCAGGUGUUGUUGUACCAACAGGCCCUUUAUUGGAUGUUAAAGCUGAUGCUGUUGCCGCUGCCCAUAUUGCUAUUGAAACUGUUGUUGCAUUACUAUCAUGUGCUUUGACUCCAGAAAAGCUUCCAGCAACCCUAGGUACUUCAGUUACAGGUCAACUUAUAAGACACGUUGUAAACACUAUUGCUCGUUCUUACAAUUGUGCCAUUGUUCCAGGUUCUCGUGUUCGUAGAAUCAGAAGAUUUUUGGCUGGUCAAAAUGAAGGUAUUGUUGCUGAAAGAGAAUAUAAGGGUGUUGUUUGGACUGAAUCUCACCAAGAAGCUGAAUUGUUAGCUAACUCUGAGGUCAAAGACUUAACUGUUGCUACAAACAGUAGUAGAAGUGCCCCAUCUGCUAUUCCAGUUGAUGAUUUUGUUGUUAAGGCUGGUGAGGUUUAUUUAGUUGACUUAAAAAUGGUUCCAUUAGGACAAACUACUAAGAAGGGUCUAGUUACUUUGGAAGUUGUAGAUUCUGCUAAAGGUAAGUCUCAUAGAAAGAAUGAAUUAGUUGCCAGAUCUGGUAUAUUCGUUAGAGAUUUUGCUCAAAGUCAUGCAUUAAAACUAAAGACUUCUAGAAAAUUACUAACAAAUAUCGACAGAAAUGGUGUAUACCCAUUUAAAUUAUCUCAUUUAUCUGAAAACUUCCCAAUCAUAUCGACAAAAGAUUACAAUGAACAAAUUGUUGCAUUAGAUAAAGAUUUGAAAUCUUUUAGACUUGGUAUGAGUGAAAUUAUUAACAAUUAUCUAUGUGUCGAAACUCCAAUCGAAGUUGCUAAAUGGGUCCCAUGGGAUCAUAUUCUAAAGGUCUCUAAUCAAAAUGGUGCUUUAAGUUAUGAUGCUACUGCUAGUUUAACUCUUCCAGGUCAUGAGGUUCCAUUACCAAAACUAGGUAUAGCCACUUUGAAAUUAAAAUCUCUAGUAAGAUCUUCUUCUGAAACUAUUGAUUUACCAGUUGUUAGAGAAUGUACCACUGUUGUAUUGUGUGAUAGUGAUACUAGUUCAGGUGAAAGACCAGAAUUAUUAAGAUUAACUGGUGGUUCAAAGACUACUCAACCAAGUUGGAUCCAAUCCAAACUCGAACUAAAUAACGAAGAUCCAACCGUACAAGGUAUCUUCCAACUUGCUACUUUAGUCAAGGAUAAGAGAUUUGGUUUAAUCGUUAGAGAAACCCAACCGAUGAAACAAUCUGUUAAUCAAGGUUCUAAUGAAAACAAGGAUAUGGAACUUUAA